AUGAAGCUCAUUCUUGGACUUCUCCUCUUCGUCUCAGUCGCCUCCGCCGCUGCAGUGAUCUUUGCCGCAGCUGAUCAAACCAACAUCAUCGCGAAAUGGGAUGCUGGUUUAGCGACAGCAGCGGCCACUCGAUUGAACACAUUGGACCAAAAUACACCUUUGAGCUCUCAAACAUUGGGUGGAUCAGUUCCAGCAACACAAGGAGAUGUCCACUAUGGAAUCUACAAAACUGAUACAAAUGGAAAGACAGCUAGACAAAUGUUCGGUGCUGCCUGGAACACGGCCUGGUACGGGUACAUCAAAGAGAUCGGUCUCCCACAAAUGAACUACGAUCCAAAUCUCGUCAUUGCUCUUCACACCAAUGAAAAGAAUCGAAAUUUUGCUUAUCAGGUUGCUUCCGGCCAAGCUCGAAAAGUUGGAUGUGCUUACCGUAACUUCACUACUGGAGCCACUGGAACCACUGCUUCGGGAACAUUCGCAGUGCUUUGUCGUUUCAAUCCAAGCGGUCUUACAUCGGGAUCGCUAGUGUACUCAACGGGAAAAAUUUGUGCUGCAUGUGCCAACACUACCACAAUCAGCUGCACCACUGCCAAUGGACUCUGUGUCCAGAAA